UCCAUGCCCUAAUCAAAAUAUCAAAUUAAACAUUACAUUCUUUACCUUUUCCCAACCCUCUCUCCCCCUCACACGCUUAACUCUCUCGGCCACCGGCGGUCUGCCGCCAAGAAAGGAAGCCACCGACGCCACGGCCGUCCGUCACUUGGUCAGGACCCUACCGCUGACAGCCACUCUGAUCGUGAUUUUUAGAAAAUAAAUUCUGGGCUGCUUUCUUGUUCUUGUGUAGUUGUAGCAACUUGUAGCACAUAUGAGUAUAUCUAGACAGCGUACCCUUGGUGGCGGGGGUCAUCAUGUUUUGGACUACUUGAAGCGCAUGCAGGCAGAAAAUCAUUCUUUCUUUUAUGCAGUCCAGGAUGACGAUGAUCUCUCGUGUGGUAAUAUAUUUUGGGCUGAUGCAACAUCUAGAACAAACUACUCUUAUUUUGGAGAUGCUGUUAUAUUUGACACAACCUACAAGACUAACCGAUGUAGGGUGCCAUUUGCCUCUUUCACUGGGUUGAAUCAUCAUGGACAACCCGUGUUAUUUGGUUGUGCAUUGAUUCUCAAUGAAUCUGAGUUAGCAUUUAUAUGGCUAUUCAGGACUUGGCUUCAUGCCAUGUCUGGCAGUCACCCUGUCUCCAUUACAACAGAUUUUGACCCUUCAAUACAUGUUACUGUUGCCCAAGUUCUCCCUUCAACUCGCCACCGGUUUAGUAAAUGGAGCAUAUUUAGAGAAACCCGAGGCAAACUGGCUCAUUUAUAUCAAUCGCAUCCUGCUUUUGAAACUGAAUUCAAGAAAUGCGUUCACGAGAGUGAGACUACUGAUGAAUUUGAAUCUUAUUGGCAUUCACUCUUGGAAAGAUUCUGUGUCAUGGAUAAUGAAUGGCUUCAGUCAAUGUACAAUGCACGACAACAUUGGGUUCCUGUCUACUUGCGGGAUAGUUUCUUUGGAGAAAUAUCUUCAAAUGAGGUAAAUGAGUCUUUGAAUUUUUUCUUUGAUGGAUAUGUGAAUUCAUCCACCACGCUACUGGGAUUGGUUAGACAGUACGAGAAAGCUGUAUCAAAUUGGCAUGAAAGAGAAUUAAAAGCAGAUUAUGAGACCACUAAUAGUAGUCCAGUUUUAAAAACACCAUCUCCUAUGGAAAAACAAGCUGCCAGUCUUUACACGAGAAAGAUAUUCAUGAAAUUCCAGGAAGAGUUAGUAGAGACUCUUGCAAAUCCUGCUACAAAAAUUGAUGAUUCAGGAACCAUCACUACAUAUAGAGUUGCCAAAUUUGGGGAAAACCAAAAAUCUCACGUUGUGACUUUUAAUUCUUUUGAGACAAAAGCUAGUUGCAGUUGUCAGAUGUUUGAAUAUUCUGGAAUUAUUUGUAGGCAUAUAUUGGCAGUCUUCAGAGCUAAAAAUGUUCUCACUCUUCCAUCACAGUAUUUGUUGAAACGCUGGACAAGAAAUGCUAAAACUGGUACAUUGUUAGAAGAACAUGCAUCUGAAUUGCCAAGUAGUUCUCGCGAGUCUAUAACAGUUCGUUAUAACAAUUUGCGCCAAGAAGCAAUUAAAUAUGUGGAAGAAGGGGCGAAAUCAAUCCAAAUCUACCAUGUUGCCAUGAGAGCUUUGCAAGAAGCAGCUAGUAAGGUUUGUACUUUAAAAAAUCAGAUUACUGGAACAGCAGAGGGAGCUAUAGUAACCAAUGGAAGCAGUGGGGGUUUGCUUGCAGCAGAUGAAGAUGCUCCAACCUAUCAGUCUAUGCAUGCAGAGAAGCUAAAAAAAAUCCACGAGUUGACUGCUGAGUUAGAAGUCGCAAAUCAACGAUGCGAAGUGUAUAGAGCAAACUUGCUAGCUGUGCUGAAGGAUAUGGAAGAACAAAAGUUAAAGCUAUCAGUAAAGGUCCAAAAUGCAAGACUUAGUUUGAAAGAAUGACUGCAGUGAUUGCAAAGGCUUUAAUGAGGAUCUCAUGAAGACAUCUAGCAUCAUAGAAUAUCUGAAGAAGGAAGAACAAUAGAAGGAGACUACUCAAGAGAGAGAACAAGAGAUGGAGCUUAAAAUAAAUUUAUAAAAUUUAGAAUUAUGUUUAGAAAACGUGAUGAAAAAUAUUUUAGGAGUUUCUAGAAGGUUCUAAGAUAUUCUAAGGAAGAAUGAAGUGAAACGAUGCAUGAAGCCACGUAGUCAUAGUCACUUCAUUAAUGAAAUUAUGCAAGUUUAUGAAUUUAAUUACUUCAUUAAUGAUGAGGUGAUGACUACCUCUGGACAUCAUCGUAGAAUUUUGGACUUGAAAGGAUUUUCUCAUAUAUUCUACACACUUGAAAGGAGAAUUAGAGUUUUGUGAGAAUUUAGUCUUUAGCUUUAGGUUAUUAUCUUGAAGAGUCUAUUUAAGUGUAGAAUAAUCUUUGUAUUUAUUCUUGCCUCAACUGAGGUGAAAUGUUAAAACAUAAUUCCUUUUCUUGUUGAUUC